AUGUCGGAGAGCAUUGUGAGGAAAAUCCAGCCGUUCACCAUCGGGACCAAACUCUCUGCGCCAGCCGUGCCAAAGUGCUCAGACUUUCCCGAUGGUUUUCUUCCAAACCGGACGUUUUCGGAUAACUGCACACUGAGGCACCUGAACGAACAGGUGUCUCUUUACCUCGGCCGCGACAGACACUGCGGACCCACGCCGAAGCAUCGACGCGAAGAGAUGUCCGACGACCGCCUGAACCAAAACACAAUCUCCCCCUCGAACACUGCAUCCAGAUCCAUCCGUAAGAUCACCAUCUCCAGCCGAAUGGAGGCCGCGAAAGACAGACUGACUCCAGGGAUGGAGCUGAAGAAAAUAAGAGCAAAUUCUGAGAAUAUUAAUAACAAUAACAACAUCACAACCUCCAACACACAGCUGCCUAAAAUAGUGGGUGUCAGCUGUGAGAAUAAACCCAGCUCACAGUUUAAGGUGUUGCUGUGUAAAGAUGGUGAGAAACAGUGCGGUGGUGACCGAGACAAAUUCACUCCUUCUCCACAGACCCAGAUACUCAAAACCCAAGCGAGAAAGGACGUGGUGGACAGUCCCUCCUGCGAGCACAAAGACGUGUGCGUGCCUUCAAAAGUCUCAUUGGUGCAAAGUGACCAGAGUUUUACCCAUCAAAACACCAUCUUCAAUAAGGAGAUCACUCAGGCUGAGACGUGGAUCAGAGCGAAGCUGCGAGACCUGAAGGACACCAGUAACAUCCACAGAUGUCCUCUGACCGACUGGGAGGAACUUUGUCAAACCCUCCAGAGAGAUUUGAAGGACUUCGAGAACACCGUCAUUCAGCUCAACCAGAUGGGAGAGCAAUUAAUGUGCAAGCUUAACCCGACGUCUGACCUGGUGAAGAAACAGCUGGCUCAGAUCCGCGACCAAUGGAACGCGCUCAAACAGACGGCAGCCAAUCACAUCAAGGCGAUGGGCGGGGCUAAAACUCUCCAGGAGUUUAAUAAGAAGGUGGACCGUCUGGAGGCGUGGAUCAGAGAGAAGGAGCAGGAACAAUCGCUGGCCAGCAUCCUUGGGGAAAACGCUGACAAGAUGCAGCUUACCAGGAAGAUACUGGAUUUGAAACAGGAUGAGCAGCUAUAUCAUAAUCUUCACGAGGAGAUCAAUCAUAUGGCCCUCAGACUGGAAAAACAGGGGAAGACUGAAGGAAAGACCAUCUCAACCCGCAGGAAACAUAUCAACAAAAUGUGGCUGAAGGCCCAGUUGCACUUGAAAGAAUAUCAGGAGAAUCUCCAGCUCGCCCUCGAAGUCUCGUCCUUCUACCAGCAGGCCGAUAACAUUGUCUGUUCCAUCAACAACAUGAGAAAAAGCCUCUCUGCGAGCAACGGAGUGGAAAUCGCCAGAGACGGGGAAAUUCGGGACGUUGCCAGUCAAAUCAUGAUGCUGGAUGUGAGCGUUUCCCAGCUCUCCAACCUGCACCCGGCGCUGGCGGCCCGCGUCACACAGAAGCAGAGCGAGGUGAAAGACUGCUGGGACGUCCUCCAGAAGACUCUCAGAAAGGAAAAAGCAGCUCAGCUCCCCUCCACACCCUCGUUAACCAGGGAUGGCAGUGACCCUGAAACCCAGAGCAGCGUGGGAACAGACCCACACAGAUUAUGGGAAAGGAGGUUAAAGAGGAACCAAAAUCGUCUGAAGGGGUUUACGCUUCAGGAAGCCUUAGCCUUUGGAGGAGUUAUUGACACUGGCAGGACAGAUCUAGAGGUUUCCAUGAGGCCGGGAGGAGACGCCGAAGCACUGCGGGAAGCCCUCAGACAGCCGGGAUGCAGGAGAGAUGCACGCGUGCCUGUGCCGAGUGAUGUCACAGCCACUGAAAGUGUCCUGGAUGAACACGCACUUUUUGUUUUACCUCCGCAAAAGUUUGCCGGAAGAGACGCCGAGCAUUCCUACGGGAAAGCCCUGUCAAACAGCCGGGAUGCAGGAGAGAUAAAUGCAUCAUAUGCCUUCUUGCCAUACAGGGAACGUGCGGAGGCCCGAGCCGGCAGCCACCUGGAUCGCUCCAUAACGCGAACUCCAGAACCCUAUCACCGUUUCUCUAACAGACAAGACUACUCUCCCUUGGCUCAAAGACAGCAGCGUUGCCGUAUGGGCCACAUCAGCAUCUGCAGUUUGGCCGGCGCCCGAACGGUUUUCGAAGCAGCCAAGAGCGUUCCAGGCCGCACUGGAACAGGAUAUCCUGGCCAACAGAGCCAGGACCCCCCUAGAGUUGGAGGGUUACAGUCUGGUGAGGGCAUCAGCAUCCGGGCAGCAUCAAUCCAGGAGUUUCUGGAGUCAGCUGGAGGGUUACUGUGGGACGAGCUGAAGAGAAGACAUGAGAGGAACGGACUGGUCCUGAAGGUCUCAGAGGAGCUCAACUACAGGGUGGUGCGGAUGCGGCAGUCCUCUGGCCCGUCUGGAGGCGGUUGGUUGGAGGCGGGUGAGCUGCGCACCAUCAGGCAGGCGUCUCUGGCUGGAUACCCUGAGGUCUGUGAGCGUGGCGGAGCAAUGAGAGCUGCCAGCUGGAGCAGGAGCGUUGCAGGAGCAGUGUGCAGUAUGGCACUGACCCAGCAGAGCUCAGAGCUGAAGGACACGCGAAUGCUCACAAGAGUUCCUGGAGAAGGUGGAGCUACGAGGAAAGUCCACUACAGCUACCCUGGUACAGUGAGCUUGAUCUCUGGAUCGUCUCUUCUGGGCUUGCCGAGUGACGCGGACAUGAGAGCCCCUGAUGGAAACUCCAUUGGGACCCAUAGGCAUUGCCAUGGUGUCAGUCAGCGGCGCAUGGAGCAUUGGGUGUCUGCAGCAGCGCUGUGUCCGAACUCAGCCAGCUUAGAUGUGCUAGAGAGAUGGAGAGUGAGAUGGCUUGUGAGAUGUGAGCCCGGAUCGCUGGCGGUCUGGUAUGACCUGCAGGAGUACACAGGGGACUCACGCUGGAGCUGGACAUCCACUGAGGCUCAGCCAGACCCUUGUUUUGUUCGAUAA